ACUCCAUACCCGUUGCAGCUGUUGCUAUGGAAACAAAAGACGCUCUCGGCUGCUAUUUGUAACAGAUGCUGCCAGCUUUUUUUUUCAUUAAAAAAGCGCUCUCGUCAACUUUUUCUAGUCAAAAAAGACGCCAAGUGUGAACACGGCCUAAGAGGCCCAGCCCCUUUUAUAGCGAACAGGUCCAGCCUAAUUGGUCGCCCGGUGGACUGGGUCAGCCAACAGAUGAACCUAAAAAUCAAGGAGAAAACAAAGCGGCAAAACAGAAAAAGAAAGAAAAAUACAGAGAGCAGGCAAAUACAAACAAGGAACGUAACACACUUGACAUGGGUGUUUCGAAUCGCCUUAGUCACGUGACAUGGGUGUUUCGAAUCACGCUUCGGAGCAGUGUUUCGAAACAUCUGCGCUUCUGGAUCUCGACACUGUAUCGAAACAUCAGCUUCGCGUCAGCCAUCCCGACCCCACUGCGGUAACACCCAGAACUUCUUCCUGCUGCAGAGACCGGUGCUGGACACCAUGACGUUUAUGGAACCACAAAGAAAUGUGAGAAGGCAGAAGAAACACACGGUGACGGUGGUGAAGCAGCGGUGAGGUAUGGAUGCGUGUAAUAAAGGCUAGUUUAUUAAAGUUUGACGACCUGAUUCGACAGGGACAUAGCUGGUCUUAACUUGAUUUACGAUUGUUUGAUUGUGACCUCAAGCUUUUUUCAUUGUGAGGUAGCCUUUAUUUUUGUAUGAUUUUACAACUUGGAUUUUGUAAAUAUAAUAAUUCUAUCCUGUGGCAUUGACACAUUUAAUACGCUAUUGUAUUCAGACAAGCAUUUUAAGUGACUCGUCAUCUAAAAUGAACAAGUAGAUAUUAGUUAAUUGAAAUAACAUAGUAGGCUAUUACUUGAUUUUAUUCAUUAGAAAUAUACUAAUUUAACCCUAAAAUGGGCAACGUAAGGCUAUUGAGGGAUACAAACAUUUGAGAAGCUGUGGGGAGAAGCAGCUCUUGUAUAUCAUUGCUUUUUUGUUGAUUUUGAUUGCUUCCAUUGUCCUCAUUUGUAAGUCGCUUUGGAUAAAAGCGUCUGCUAAAUGACUAAAUGUAAAUGCAAACUACGAUUGAAGUAAAUGGGAAUGUUUAUGGAUAGCUCUGUGCAGGUAUAUUAGACUGCUGAAGUUUAAUUUAAUUGAUAUUGAUGUUUUUAACUGUCUCUUAAAUUGGUAAAAAGCACACUGGUCAACUGAUGUUGUGUUUAGUUGUGCUAUAGAAAUAAAAUUGACAUUAACAAUUGACAUUAACAGUAUUAAAAAGGAAAGAUAUAUAAUUAAUCCUUGUUUUUAAUGUUUUUUAAUGUUUUUUUUUAAUGAUCCCUUAAUGUUAUUCUGUAAAACAUAGCUCUUGGAAAAACAAAAGGAGCUGGCCAUGACACGAAGAAGUGAGAUUUCAAGAUAAAUAGUAAAUAGAUGUGACAAACAACAUUAUUCGAUAUUCGUUCAGGUUUUAGGAAGAAAUAACUCCAUUGGAGUUGAUAAAUGCAUAUAACUUGUUCACCAGUGGAUCCUCUGCAGUUAAUGGGUGCUGUCGGAAUGAGACAGCCGGUACAUCACAAUAAUCCAUAAGUAAUGUCAGUAAUCUGAAGUAAUCUGCUGCAUGUUUGUAAGAAAAAAAACCAAACCAUUGCUUCCAGCUAAAAUACAUGUCCUUAUCCAUAAAAUUGGUUUCUGAAAAUGUUGUCUCAUCUGAAUGAGUCCAAAACACUUCCGAAGUAAUAUAUCGGUAGAGAGGAAAACAGGGGAUGGACUUUGUAUCGUGAAGUUGUAUUUUAUUCAAGAAAUAACUGUUUAAAGUUAAAACGUCCUAAUGAUGGAUAUUGUUUAUUACAAAAAUAGAAGCUUUUCAUUUCACAAGACAUUAAUUGAUGGACUGGAGUCAUGUGGAUUAUUUGUGAAUUAUUGUGAUGUUUUUUCGACUUUUUGAUGGCACACACUGACUGCAGAGGAGCCAUUGGUGAGCAAGUGAUGCAAUGCUAAGUUUCAGCAAAUCACUUCAGAUACAGAAACAAACUACAUCUCUGAUGGUCUAAUGGUGAGUAAACUUUAAUUUUUUUGGGUGAACUGUUCCGUUAAGAUUUUCUUGUUGAGAAUUUCUUUUUUAAUUCAAUUUUUUUUUCUUUAUGAUAUUAACAUUCAGUACAGUUAUGCUCCAUUUUAACAUGUGUAUGUAUGUAUGUAUUUAUUUGCAGACAUAAUGCCAGCCACUUCUGAAGAGCAGCAGUGCCUCUAAAAUGAGUUUAUAUGAGAAGAGAAAGGGAGCUGUUUCUGCUCAGACCAAAAGGACAGAAAUUCCAGAACCUAGCUGUGUGUCUAUGAAGAGUGAUGUAUCUAUGGGCAUGCCACCUGAAUUCAGUGGUGGACCAGGGAGCUCUGACCCCAAGUGUUUGUUCCAGGGUUUUUCCAAAUGUGGAGUGUGUGAGCAGGCGCUGAGAGAUCCGGUCUCAAUUACCUGUAAACAUAGUUUCUGCAGACAGUGUAUCAGCUGCUACUGGGAUAAGUUCAGUCAAUCAGAAGAUUUUGACUGUCCUCAGUGCAAGAAGAGAUCUAGAAAAUGUCCUGUUCUACAAACGGAUGAAGACUUGCGAGGAUCCAGUUCUGCUCUCCUGCAGCAGGAUUCUCUGGUGGACGAUGUCCUGCAGAGAGUCAAAAAGAGACACAAAACCAGCAUGAGGAACAAGUAUGAGAGCUUAUUCGAGGGAAUCAAACUACAGGAGAAUCAAACUCUCCUGAACAGGAUCUACACACAGCUAUGUAUCAUAGAGGGAGAAAGUGAAGGGGUGAAUGAAGAACAUGAAGUGUUACAGAUGGAGAAAUCACGCAGAACACAACAUUCACAAGACACUCAAAUCCACUGCAAUGAUAUCUUUAAAUCCUUACCUAAACAAGGAUGUGAGGGGAAGAGAAGAAAGAUGAAUGACAAAAUAAAGAUUGUUAUUACUAAAGGAGUCGCUGGAAUUGGAAAAACAGUCUCUGUGCAUAAGUUCAUUCUUGACUGGGCAGAGGGAAAAGCCAAUCAGGAUGUAGAUUUCAUGCUUGUGCUUCCAUUUCGAGAGCUGAACUUGAUUAAAGAUGAUCAGUACAGUAUUCGCAAACUUCUGCUUGACUUUCUUCCUGAACUUCAAGAUCUGGACUCAAAGAUGUAUGAUGAAUGUAAAGUUGUGUUCAUCUUCGAUGGUCUGGAUGAAAGCAGAAUUUCACUGAGGUUUUCAGACAGUGAGAUGGUUUCUGAUAUAAAUGAGUCUUCAUCAGUUGGUGUAUUAAUGUCAAACAUCAUCAGAGGAGAGCAGCUUCCCUCUGCUCACAUCUGGAUCACGUCCAGACCAGCAGCAGCCAAUCAGAUCCCUUCAAAAUACAUCAACCGGGUGACUGAAAUUCAGGGAUUCAAUGACCCUCAGAAGGAGGAAUAUUUCAUGAAGAGGAUCAGUGAUCAGCAUCAAGCCAGCAGAAUAAUCUCACACAUCAAAAGAUCAAGAAGCCUCCACAUCAUGUGCCACAUACCUGUCUUCUGCUGGAUUUCAUCCACUGUACUUCAGAACAUCCUGAAACAAGAUGACAGUGCAGAAAUCCCUCAAACUCUGACUGAAAUGUACAUCCACUUUCUGCUCAUUCAGAUAAACAUAAGGAUUCAGAAGUACGAUGAGCGAGAUCUAGGAAAACUACGGCAGUCCAACAGAGAUAUGAUUUUGAAACUUGCUGAACUGGCUUUCAAACAGCUAAAGAAAGGCAAUAUCAUGUUCUAUGAGGAGGAUCUGAAAGAGUGCGACAUAGAUGUCAUUGACGCCUCGGUAUAUUCUGGGAUUUGCACAGAGAUAUUUAAGGAGCAAUCUGUGAUUCAUCAGAGGAAAGUCUACUGCUUCAUACAUCUGAGCUUUCAGGAGUUUCUUGCUGCUAUUUAUGUGUUUUAUUGUUAUGUAAUUAACACUGUGGAGGUACUAAGGUUUUUUGAUUCCCUGCAUAAUUUGCUCAGAGGAGCAGUAGAUAAAGCCUUAGAAAGCGAGAAUGGACACCUGGAUCUUUUCCUCCGGUUCCUGCUGGGUGUCUCACUGGACUCCAAUCAGAAACUCUUACAAGAUCUACUGAUCAACACUCACAGCUGCUCAAGGAGCAUUGAGAAAACAACUGCUUAUAUUAAAGACAAAAUUAAACAUGGACAUGAUCUUUCAGCUGACAGAUCCAUCAAUCUUUUUCUUUGUCUCUUUGAAAUGAAAAACCAGACUCUGUACAGAGAGAUCCAGGAGUUUCUGAAAUCAAACAAACACUCAGAGAAGAAACUCUCUUCUGCACUUUGCUCAACAAUUGCCUACAUGUAUCAGAUGUCAGAAGAGGUGCUGGAGGAACUUGAUCCCAAGAAAUUUAAUUCAUCAGAAGAAGGUCGAAAAAAACUCUUACCAGCUGUGAAAAACUGCAGAAAAGCUCUCCUGGCUGACUGUAAUCUCACUGAUAAAUCCUGUGAAAUUGUGGCCUCAGCUCUACAAUCAUCAAACUCUGUCCUGAGAGAGCUGGACCUGAGUAACAAUGACUUGCAGGAUUCAGGAGUGAAGCUUCUCUCUGAUGGACUGAAGAGUCCAAACUGUCAACUAGAGAAACUGAGAUUGUCUGGCUGUAUGGUGACAGAGGAAGGCUGUUAUUGUUUGGCCUCAGCUCUGAGUUCCAACCCCUCACACCUGAGAGAGCUGGAUCUCAGCUACAAUCACCUUGGACACUCCGGAGUAAAGAUGCUGUCUGAUCAACUCAACCAUCCAAACUGCAAACUGGAGAUACUUAAUUUUGACCAUGGAGAGUCCUUCAGAAUCACACCAGGACUGCAGAAAUAUGCUUGUGAUCUCACAUUAGAUCGAAACACAGUAAACACUCAUCUCAUUCUAUCUGAGAACAACAAAAAGGCAACAUAUUUGGAAGAGAAGCAGCCAUAUCCUGAUCAUCCAGAAAGAUUUGAGCACUACGAGCAGGUUCUGUGUAGAGAGAGCCUGACUGGACGCUGUUACUGGGAGGCUGAAUGGAGUGGCUGGACUCAUAUAGCAGUCACAUAUCGAGGUAUCAACAGGAAAGGAGGAAGCGAAUGCAGGUUUGGACUCAAUGAAAAGUCCUGGAGUCUGGUCUGCUCUGGUAAAAAUUACUAUGCCAGGCAUAAUAAUGCAAGAACUGACAUACCUGCACCCUCAUCAUGUUGUAACAUAAUAGGAGUGUAUCUAGAUCAGCCAGCUGGCUCUUUGUCUUUUUACAGUGUUUCUUCUGAAACUGGCAAGAUGAUCCACAUUUACACCUUCCACUCCACAUUUACUGAGCCCCUCUAUGCAGGGUUUGGUGUUGGGGUUGACAGUGUAUCUUCAGUGUGUUUAUGUUAAAUACAGAAGCUGUGAAGCAUAUGUGUCAGACACUCAGACCAUGGGCCAAAUACAGCCUAUGGAUGAAAUAAAUUAAACUAUGAGAGUUUAGCUCCAACUGUAAUUAAACACACCUGAACCAGCUAAUCACGGUCUUCAAGAUUACUUGAAAACUAAAGUUAGGUGUGUUGGAAUGGGUUUGAGUUGAACUCUGCCGGACUGUGGCCCUCCAGGAGCAGAGUUUCACACCCAUGUGCUAAAAUAUGUUUAAAUUAUUUAUUUACAGUUUUUUACAAUCAGUUUUGCACUAAUAAUAGAACCUUCAUGUUAUUUUUCAAAACUCUUGACACAAAAGUCAAAACAGUCAUUAUUUGUAAUACAGGCUGUCCAAUGAUCAAAACUUUGCAUAUUGCGUUCAUGUCUUUAAAGAAGCCUUGCAUUUGCAGAAGCAGUGGUUCAAAAAACUCAUUUAUUAUGAAAUAUCAUAGGAACAUCACCCACACACAAGAUACCCAUAGUUUCACUGUGUAGGUUUUAGUACAAUAACUAAAUAUAGUUGUUCAAAACACAUGAUGCAGCUUUCAUUAUGGUUCUACACAUUCAUACAUAUCAUACAUGUAAUAGACUAGAGAGAAAAGUACAGACACUGGAAUCAUUAAACACAAUGUGAAAAUUAUUGAUGAAAUAAUCAACACAACAGGGUUUUCAAAACUUUAAAUAAGGGGGAAAAAAAGUUAAGAAAAAACUGCACGGCUACAAUAAAAUGUCAACUGCAGUGUUCCUCGCUGCACUUCUAUAUUUUUUUCAACCUUGUCUUGUGGGUUUGGCCACAUGCAGGUUCUCAUCCACAUCAUAAUGGAUGUUUUCAUUAGUUAAACAUCUUUGAAAAAAAAUCUUCUAGCAUGGCAAAUCCAGGCCUGACAUUGUUCUCCUGUGAUGUCAUUGCAUGCAUCAUCUAUGGCCUGAAGAAGAGAGACUUGUUCGUGAGGGGGCCUAUUGUGAACCCUCCACCUCCAUGUGGUGAAAAAAAUCUUCAGUCAGGUUAGAGUAAGGAAAGUGGUGUAUGGGGGUAAAUACAAGGUGAUAAACUGUGGAUGGGCCUGAAACCAUGAUUGCACUCGGUGCCGUAGCUAGGAAUUCUAGGCCCAUUGCACUGAUUUUGCUAUGGGACCCCCUCAAAAUCACAUUCAGUGGGAGGUGGUCAGCCCCCCAGCGAACAUCGUUCUGGGCCGUUCUCAACCACUGGACUCUCAACCUCUCCUCCAUGUCAUGGCCAGGGUAAAACCUGCCUCAUCCAAAAAUAUGUAUGGUUUUCAUCAGCUUCCAGCUCUAUCACCCUCUCAAAAGAGAUUUACUGUAGGAAAAACAGAUACUGAUAACAAUGAUAUAGACCUUUGGAGAUUUUUUAUAUUUUUUCUCUCCCAACAACAGGCAUCUUGAAAAUGAUCAUAUCUGAACAUACUCAGUCCUCGGUUGCUUCACUUUCAUAAUCUAAACAUUUAAUAUUGUUCACCAUUUUACAUAAAAACUAUGCUUCAAGAGUAAUGCAACAGUUACGUAUGAUUUUGAGUAGUUGUAUCAGCUGAUAGUUAGAUCAUUGUAAUGAAAUGAAUAGACAUUCAAUUCAGAUGUAAUGUGUCAGUUGAAUUUUGAAAUAGUAAUACUUUAAGUUGUGUCAUUUUGAACCUGUGAUUUUAGUUCAAUGAACAAAAGAUCUUUGGCUGAUGUAUUGUAUCCAUGCAUUUGGAAAUAGUGUUAAAUGUUUGGAAAAAUGUGAAUUUUGAUCAUCGGUUGUGAAUUAUGUGUCUAGAGUUUUGAAAAAUGACAUGAAGGUUCUGUUAUUAGUGCAAAAAUGAUUGUAAAAAACUUUAUUAUGUUGGUGUGAUAUGUCCAUAAGUGAUGUCACAUUUGACGUCAAAUUUGCUAAAAUAACAAAUUUAAGAGUGAGUUUAAUGUGCUUUUCUCCCUGUGCGUAACUAACAUAUGACUGUUAUAUUCUCAUCUGUAAAUAUAAAUGACAACUUCAUUGCAUUUCCGUUUUGCAUAACGGGUGAUCCUGACAGCAAGCGAGCUAAACAUUGUUUAAUAUAACAAACAAAAAUCACAGUCAGUACAGUUAUUUUGACUGUUUGUUGUUGGAGGUUACAUUUAGUUAUAUUUAAUUGCAAAACUAUUGUUAGAAAAAAAUAAGUGUUUUAAAAUUAGAGAGAAAAGCAAUGACAUAGUAGCAUAUAAUUAUAAUCCGUUAAGUGAAUGUGUGUUCCUGCAGAACAUUCUACAUCUUACUCUUAAACAGUUUGUGCUCUUGAUUUUUUAUUUAUUUUUUCUCUUGUUCGUCACUGCGUCAUUUUCAUUUUGGUGAUGUGUUGUCUUCCCAUUCUGGUUUGACAUUUUUAAAAAAACAUUCAUUGCACAUAUCAAAGUCGUGUUGCACCAAUUUUGAACUUCUAUUGUAUUUUUCUUAUUUCUUAUUUCUUCUUCUUAUUAUUAUUGUUAUUAUUUUAUUUAUUUAUUUUUAGCAAUGUAUAUUUUAGUCCUGGGGCCCUCGAGGUCCACUUUCCUGCAGAGGUUUGCUUCAACCCUAAUCAAACUGCAAAAAUCUGAAGAAGCAAGGAAAGUGGAAUUUGUGGGCCAGAGUUGAGAACCCUUGUUUUAAUCACGUGAAAAUAUAACCAUCAUAAUUAAGGAAAUGUGAAUGUAGUUCAUGUAAGAUGAAAAAUAAUAUAUAACUUUGGCACAAUAGAAUUUUUUAGGCUAUAACAUUAGAAAUGUAUCUACUUUUGAUAAUUUAAUGGGUGUUUUAAUAAAUAAAA